GAGGCGGCAGAGUAGAUCAGAGGAAGUUUAUAGACAUGGCGAGUCCUCGAACACGGCGAGUUUUAAAGGAAAUAAAGCCGAAAGAUGGUAACAGUAGUUGUUUCGAAUGCGGGGCACACAAUCCUCAAUGGGUAAGCGUGACCUAUGGGAUAUGGAUUUGCCUUGAAUGUUCAGGGAAACACCGAGGUUUAGGAGUUCAUUUAAGUUUUGUAAGAUCAGUAACCAUGGACAAAUGGAAAGACAUUGAGCUGGAGAAAAUGAAGGUUGGUGGAAACAGUAAAGCAAAAGCUUUCUUCAAGUCUCAACCAGAUAUCCGAGCAGAUAUGUCCAUUCAAGAAAAGUACAACAGCAGGGCAGCAGCACUUUACAGAGACAAGAUUGCAGCCUUAGCUGAUGGAAGGUCAUGGUCAGAAGAAACCUCAUCAGCUAAAAACUAUGAACCACCUCUGAGCAGAAAUUCAAGCAGUUCUUCAGUCAGUCGGGCAGCCAAUGGUUCAAAUUCAAUGAGUUAUGGCUCCUCUUCACCUGAAUCCAUGCUGGGAAUAUCGAAGAGUGAAUUAAAUGCUCAAAAAGAGGAUUUCUUCAGCCGGAGACAGAUGGAAAAUGCUUCAAGGCCUGAUAAUCUACCUCCGAGUCAAGGUGGACGAUACACUGGUUUUGGAUCAGCACCAGUUGUAACCGCAAAUAGCUCAGGUUGGGACUCAACGUUUUCUUCUCUGUCAUCUGGUUGGAGUUCAUUUACCACUGGAGCUGCUCAAUUGGCUGCUGUUGCUUCACAACAAGCUGUUAAGCUGGGUUCAACAGUCAAUGAGUCAGUUCUCAAACCAACAGCAUCCAAGGCUGUAGAACUGGGAAGUACUAUGAAUGAAGGGAUGAAGAAAGUAUCAACAAGGGUCCAGGAAGGCAAGCUUCUUGAUGACGUAACAACCUCUAUGUCCAGUUUGUCCACAAAGAUGCGUGAUGCCAGCUCAAAGGGAUGGACAAAUCUUCAGACUGCCAGUGUAAAAGGUUGGGCAAACAUCCAAACACUUGUCAAUCAAGGCGCUGGUGGUUAUGGAACAAAGUCUCUGACAAGCGGAGGAACCUCUGGAGGAGGAUAUGGUUCAGUUAAUGGUGUGUCAGCAAUGAAUAGUACUGCUACUCUUAAAGAUGAUAAUUGGGAUUGGGAUGGCUAUGAAGAUGUAAAUGAUGAAGAAGCUGAUGAUAAUGAGGCUAGUAGUGGCAAGGCAUCACUGAAAGGCAAUGAUGAAGAUAAUGGGGAUUCUUGGGCAUGGGGAAGUGAUUCUGAAAUCACAAAACAGCCAACCUUAUCCAAGAAUGGCACAUCACAGAAUACAAGGGAGUCAUUGUCAUCAUCGAGGCGAAAAACAAAAUCACCACCAAAGACUGAAGCUGCAGUAGCAAAAAAUGACGGUUGGGAAGAUUUGAUUAGUUGGGACAAUGAUGGAUGGGGCGAGUCCAGUGCCUGGAGCAAUGAAGAAUGGCAGAGUAGUUCAGCUGGUAAAUCAAAGAUAACAGCUGGAGGGAGAGGGGGAAAUAAAGAUGACUGAACUAAAACAUUAUUAAUUAAUGAAUGAUUAUUAUUUUAUUAAGACCAGAGUCUUCUUAGAGCCUCAAUCCUUUCUUCAGUACCAGGUAUCAGCAACUUCAUCAUAACAUUUUUUUUUUUUUUUU